CGCUGGGUUGAGAACUGUGGCGAUGCAAGGUCGGUUUGAUGGCGGCGGUGGAAGUGCUGGCGGCGGAUACCAUGGAGGCGGAGGAGGGAGCAACAUGCUUGGCUUCGACGGCAAGCCUCGCACGAGGAAGCCUAUCGUGCGCAAGUGCAUUGAUCCCAAUAGCUCGUUCAUCUCGUACGUGAACAUGCGAAAGUUCGCGCGUGACUUCCGAGACCUUCCCGCGGCAUAUGCGAUGAAUCCACAUUCUGCGUACAAGCGAUACAUCCUUCCUCCGGGUGCAUUCAAGCAGGACGACUUGUCGUCUGUGGUAUGCACCAAGUUCUGCCGCAGCUCCACGAACAAGCAGCGGUGUCCGGUGAAUUGCCUCAUGUGGACACCCGAAGGCCGUCGGUUGAUCACGGGCAACUCGGUGGGGGAGUUUACGCUGUGGAAUGGCCUCGCGUUCAACUUUGAGACGAUCCUCCAGGCCCACGACGAUGCAGUGCGCGCGAUGGUGUGGAGCCACAACGACAACUGGUUCGUCACGGCCGACCACGGCGGCGUGAUCAAGUACUGGCAGAGCAGCAUGACCAACGUCCAGCUGGUGCGCGGGCAUCGCGAAGCCGUGCGGUCUCUGUCGUUCAGUCCCACGGAUUACAAGUUUGUCAGUUGUUCCGACGACGCCACGGUCAAGAUCUGGGAUUUUGAAAGCGUUAAAGAAGAGCGCGUGCUCACGGGGCACGGGUGGGACGUCAAGUGCGUGGCGUACCACCCGUCCAAGGCGCUGUUGGCUUCUGGGUCCAAGGACAACCUGAUCAAGAUCUGGGACCCCAAGUCUGGGCAGUCGCUGCACACGCUGCACGGCCACAAGAACACGGUGGUCAAAGUCGACUGGAACCAGAACGGCAACUGGCUGCUCACGGCGUCCCGGGACCAGCUGAUCAAGCUGUACGACAUCCGCACGCUCAAGGAAUUUGCGACCAUGAAGGGCCACGCGCGGGAAGUGACGUCGCUGGCGUGGCACCCCGUGUGGGAGCGGCUGUUUCUGAGCGGCAGCUACGACGGCAGCUUGUUCUACUGGAACGUCGGCCAAGAGAGUCCGAUCGCUACGAUCCCCCACGGCCACGACAACGCUGUAUGGGACAUCCAGUGGCACCCCGCGGGGCAUGUGGUCGCCAGCGGUUCCAACGACCACAGCACCAAAUUCUGGUGUCGGAAUCGGCCUGGUGACUGCAUGGAUGACAAGUACAACGCCGGCGUCGGCGAGGAGCGCGACAUGGACGGCAUGAUCCCGGGGCAUCAUCACGGCGGCGGCGGCGGCCAAGGCGGUCCGUCGUCCGCCAGCAUGAUGAUGAUGGGCGGCGGAAGCUUUAAACCCAUGCAUGGAGGAGGUCCGCACCACAACAUGCCGCGCCGACCCCCGCCAGAGAACUACACGUGCAACCGCUGCGGCACCAAAGGUCCACACAAGGCUUGAUAUUCCGUUUUGAAUAUGGGUAUAUAAUAUUGUAUUAGGGCAUUGGAUUGAAGACUGUCCGAGCAAAGACGAAGGCGGGGGGAUGGCCAUGGCCAAGGCUCCGCCCGCGGGGUACUUGUGCAAACGAUGUAAUAUCGCCGGCCACUACAUCAGCGACUGCCCACAGGCCAAGAUCCCCCCCGCAACGUACGUGUGCCACAAGUGCCGCCAAAAAGGCCAUUGGAAACAGGACUGUCCGCUGGAUGGGGCCCCGGGGGGAGGAGGGGUGGGUCCCCCUGGUGGGGGGUUCAAACGCGCGGGAGACGACCUGCUGGGCGGGGGGUACCCCAAACGGCACGACAACAAGUGGUAGCAACGUGGUCAAUAUUACAACGUUUAGCAUCUUUGUUGAAAUAGAGAACUUUGUGCUUUUCGC